UGGGGGUCAAGCAGCUCCAAGGAAAUGCCCACUGGGAACAGCCAAUGUACUUACGGCUCAAACAGAUAUCACUGCCUGCCAGGUUUGUCCCCGUGGCUACCUCAGCCUUGAGAGUGGAGCUGGGUGCCGUGCGUGUCCAGAGGGAUAUUCCUGCCAUCCCCAAAGCGGUGUGCAGAGGAGCUGUGCUCCUGGUCAGUACUCACCAGAGGGAGACUUGGAGUGCCAGGAAUGUCCAGAGACUUACAUCUGCCCGGAUGGACAGAGCAGACAGCAUUGCGGGGCUGGUGAGCAGCCGAAUCCAAGCCGCACUCAGUGUAUAACCUCCGCUCCCGGCCCUUUCCCAAGGGAAGACUCUCUGCUGUGCCAGCCCUGCCCAGCAGGUCACUUCUGUCCUGAUGGCCUUGCAGUCCCUCCAUGCCCAGCAGGGAGUUUCAAGCCCAAAGAGGAGCUUCACCCCCCCAGCAGCAGCAGCUCCUCAUGCUUGCCAGGACUUGGGUUGUGCUGGAAGUGCCCUGCUGGGUAUUUCUGUCCUGCUGGAGCAAGUCACCCAGUGCCGUGCCAGCCAGGCACACACAACCCUCUGCAAGGCCAGGAUGAAGCCACUGACUGCAGAGCCUGCCCAGCAGGGAGAGCUUGUACCCAGGCUGGCUUAGCCCAGCCUGAUGCUGAGUGCUUACCGGGGUACGUGUGCCCAGCAGGGUCAUCCAGCCCUCAUUCUCCCAGCAACGCCUGUCCUCCAGGAACAGUCGGCAAUGAUUUCAACCUCUUUGAGAAGUCCCAAUGCGAAACGUGCCCAGCUGGAUUUGCCUGUGGGAGAGGAACAGGGGGGAAGCAGAAGCCCCCCACUCCAUGCCCAGCUGGUCACUACUGCCCACCAGGCACCAAGCACCCAACGCAGCACAAGUGUGCCCCGGGCACCUGGAGCAACAGGACAAGCCUGACCUCAGCGGAGGAGUGCUCCCCAUGCCCUGCAGGCUGGUUUUGCUUCGGAGGAGCCCGUUCUCCUACUGGGAUGUGCAGCUCAGGGCACUACUGCCCUCAGGGUACACAGAGGGGCACACAGUACCCCUGCCCUGCAGGAACCUAUGCCACCAGGCUGGGAAAUGGGAGAGUGGAAGACUGUGCUGCCUGCCCCCCAGGAGCUUUCUGCACCAGUGGGACCUCCAAGCCAGCUCUGUGCCCAGUAGGAACCUAUCGCAUAGAACAUGGUGCAGAAGUGGCUGCAGACUGCACCCCUUGUCCUGGAGGGUAUUACUGCCCUGAGCUGGGCACUGUAUCUCCUCAACCCUGUGGUGCUGGCAACUUCUCAGACCAAGGUUCAGCCUCCUGCUUGCCAUGCCUGGUGGGACAUUACUGUGCUGGAGAGCACACCAGCUGGGAGGUGAUGCUCCUAGCCAUGUGCCCAGCGGGUCUCCUGUGCCCACAAGGACAGGCUGCUGUUCCAGACACCAGUGCAAAUGCCUGCCCAAGAGGAUACUACUGUCCCCAGGGAGACACUGGUAAGCCUUGUCCCAAUGGGACCUAUGGUGAGCAGAUGGGUCUAAGCAGUGUUGCCGAAUGCUUGCCCUGUCCCAUGGGGAAGUACUGCUACAGAGAUGGGAUUGAGCCUCCAGGAAUUCCCAAUCCUACAGGGGAUUGCCCACCUGGCUAUCACUGCCCUCCGGGGACUGGGUUCCCUUUCUCCUUCCCCUGUAUGCCAGGCUUCUUCUGGGAUAAUUCCAGCACAGAGGGUGAAGACCCUUGCACACCAUGUCCACCUGGGUACUACUGUGACUCUCCUGCCAUGCCAGAGCCCAAAGCUUGCCCAGCAGGCUUUUACUGUGUGGAAGGCAGCUCUAAACCUGAAGCCUGCCCUGAGGGGACAUACAGUGGCAAGAAGGGGCUAUCUGGACCCUCGAAGUGCAGUCCGUGUACCCGUGGGUUCUACUGUGCUGCUCCAGGGCAGACUGGGCCAAGUGGUCCCUGUGAGGCUGGAUUCUACUGCCAGGGCAGAGCCCUCACUCCACUGCCCACAGAUGGUGUGACAGGAGACGUGUGUCCUGCUGGGGCUUACUGCCCACCUGGCUGUGCCUCACCCAUCCCCUGUCCUGCAGGCACUUACAGCAACCUCAGUGGGUUGAGGAGCCUCCAGGAGUGCUUGGACUGCCCCCCUGGCCUGUAUUGUGAUGGGACAAACAACCAAGCUCCCUCAGGACCCUGUGAAGCUGGCUACUUUUGCACAGGAGGUGCCAAAAGUGCUCUUCAGCAAGUGGUGAUGGAAGGGCAUUAUUCCUUACCAGGAGCUUUCAAGCCAGAACCAUGUCCUCUUGGCAGCUUCCAGCCUGCUCGUGCUCAGGCUCUUUGUCGGGACUGUCCAGAGGGUACAUUCUGCAGUGAGGCAGGCCUGGCUGCACCCCAGGAUUGUCCCAAAGGGCAUUUUUGCUUGGCUGGCAGUUCCUUCCCUCUCCCAUGCCCAGUGGGAACCUACACUGAUGUAGCCAGGGCAGGUUCUUGCAAGCCCUGCCCAGCAGGCAUGUACUGCAGCAGGGCUGCUCUGACUGAGCCAGAAGGACAUUGUCAGCCAGGGUAUUACUGCCUUCAAGGUUCCAGCACCUCCACACCCAUGGGGCUGCCAGUUGGAGAUCUCUGCCCACAAGGACAUUAUUGCCCUGCUGGCACAACCCACCCAAAAGAGAUGCCAUGUCCUGCUGGCACCUGGAAUGCACAGAGAGGAGCCCAGGAUGCCACUUGGUGCCUGCCUUGUGCUCCUGGGUUUUUCUGCAACAUGUCUGGGCAGGCUGCUCCUGAGGGACUUUGUGCACGAGGCUAUUACUGCGCAGGAAGGACAAAGACCGCAAAGCCAGAGGAUGGGAUCACUGGAGAUCUCUGUCCUCGAGGACAUUUCUGCCCUGCAGGCUCAGCAGCCCCUUCUCCCUGCCCCAGUGGAGAAUACAGCAAUGCAACAGGUCAAGACAGAUGCUUCCCUUGCCCUGCUGGGUUCCACUGCUCAAGUGGACUGCGCCGUCGCUGUCCUCCUGGCUUCUAUUGCCCUCAGAACACUGGAAUCAGCUUUUAUCCCUGUCCCCCUGGGACCUACAACCCCUCCUAUGGCCUCAGCCAGGCUGAGAGGUGUCAGCACUGCCCUGCAGGAGCAAGCGUCCCAAACCCUAAUGGAGCCACAAACACGAGCACUGGUGGUCCAUGCCCCCCUGGCCACUUCUGCCCAGCUGGCACAAGCAUCCCCCAGCAAUGCCCUGUGGGCACUUACUCUGACAGGCUCUACAACAGGCAGGACUCCAGCUGCACAGUGUGUCCAUCUGGCUAUUACUGCAGCUCUGCUGGCCUCACAGCACCCUCAGGACCCUGCUCAGCUGGCUACUACUGCUCGAGUGGAGCUUCCUCACCAUCACCACAUGGUAUGUGGGAGAAAGGAGGUCCUUGUCCUGUGAGCCACUUCUGCCCAGAAGGAAGCAGCUUUCCCUUGCCCUGCCUUGCAGGGACUUACAACAACCUCACCAGACAAGCUGCAUGCUUCCCUUGUGCUGCAGGCUACUACUGCCCAGAAAACUCCACCAGCUACAGUAUGAACCCUUGCCCAGCUGGCUUUUACUGCCCCAAAGGAACCAGGUUUGCUACUGAGUUCCCCUGUCCGCGGGGCUACUAUAACCCUGAUCCCAUGACACAGAGCUUGGAUAGCUGCUUGCCCUGUCCUCCUGGGCACUACUGUGGGAAGGAGAACUUGACAGCUGCCUCAGGCAUGUGUGAUGCAGGUUGGUUUUGCAUCUCAGCUGCUUGGACCUCACGGCCUUUUGAUCUGGAUAACUACACCAAUACCAACUGCCUCUGCCCAGCCACUGCCACUGGAGGGAAGUGCACAGCUGGUUUCUAUUGCCCCGAAGGAAGCCCAGAGCCACUUCCUUGUCCUCCAGGGUUUUACUGCAAUGCCUCAGGUCUGUCUGUGCCCAGUGGGGAAUGUACUGCUGGUUUUUACUGUAAAGCUGGAGCAACAAUCCCUAACCCAACAGAUGGUGUGACUGGGAAUAUCUGCCCUGGGGGCACUUACUGCACUGCAGCAUCAGCAGUACCCAAGCUCUGCCCUGCUGGCACCUUUUCCAGCCUCCAGGGGAGGAGAAUGCUUUCGGAGUGCCAGCCUUGCCCCUCUGGCUUCUAUUGUGAGGAGCCUGGCCUCACUGCUCCGACCGGAGAGUGCUGGGAAGGCUAUUACUGUAACAACCAGCAGGGGCCAGUUACUGAUUUUACCCUUUACCCAUGCCCACGAGGGUUUUACUGCCCAGCAGGAACAAACAGCAGCACUCAGUACAGCUGCCCUGCAGGAACCUUUGGACCAAGGCAAAAACUGAAAGCAAUCACAGAAUGCCAAAGGUGCCCACCAGGAAAAUACUGUGAAUUCUCUGGGCUUGCUGCCCCAACAGGAGAUUGUGCUGAGGGGUUUUGGUGCAAAAGUGGUGCCCGAGUAAGAACCCCCCAAGAUGGAGAAUCAGGACUUCCUUGUCCUCCUGGUCAUUAUUGCCCUGAAGGUGCCCCGCUUCCAGUGCAGUGCCCUCCUGGCACAUGGGCUGGUGGUGAAGGCAGCAGGAGCUUGCAGGAGUGCCAGCCUUGCCCUGGGGGAUAUUACUGCAAUAGCUCAGGGCAGAGAGCCCCCUCAGGACCCUGCAGCCCAGGGUACUACUGCAUCUCUGGGGCCCAGUCCUCAGCUCCCACUGAUGGCCUCUCAGGAGCUCCGUGUCCAGGCAGUCACUUCUGUCCUCUCGGAUCCAGCAGUCCAGCUCCAUGCCCCCCUGGCUCCUACAUGCCACACACCCAUGGAGAGGAGUGCCGUGCUUGCCCGGAGGGGGAACACUGUGUCUCUGGAGAGAAGCCACAGCCCUGUCCCCAGGGGUAUUUCUGUCCCAAGGGCACAGCUCUUCCUUUUGCUUGUCCAGCAGGGUCCUAUAACCCUUCACCAAGGCAAGGCAGCUGCCUCCCCUGUCCCAAAGGGUAAGGGUGAGACACUGAGUCCCCUACAUGUGUGAGUCCCAUACUCACACAUUUUAGGUGUGAGUAAGGGACUAUUAGGCAUAAUUGUUUAUCCAGUCAUCGUGGAGAGGAGUGUGGUGGGAAAAUGAGUUCUUUUACCACUGAAAAGCACUUGUCUCUGUGAGGAAGCAGAGCUCUGUUUAACCACGCUACAGCUGAGUGUGGGAGCAGGCAAAGUCCUAAAUCCAGGUACAACUACACUGGAAUUUAGAUCAGAAAGUUAUUUGGAGCAAGGAAACCAC